CGCAAACCUCAGUAGUCCCGGAGAGGUCGUGGCGAGUGGAUCUAUGUGAGUGCGCGCUCCGGGACUCCCCUCUAUGAAACAUGGUUGACGUUCUUUACUGCCCCGAAUUGAACCUUAACAAAAUGGCGCCGCAGGUCACUACAAUCGGCCCUGUCAACACAAGUGCCAAACUAUGCAAGUGUAACGAUAAUGAUAACGAUAGUAAUAAUAAUACUAAUUUAAAAGUGAUUUCGAGUCUCCAGCCCCCGCCCCCCCGCCCCCCGCCCCCCGCCGCCCCCCCGCAGCUACAUGCCAGAGGCGGAAGGGCACAAGAUGAGACGUACAGAGUUGGCAGCGUCCUCGGGAAGGGAGGAUUUGGCACAGUGUACUCAGGGUGGCGGGUCCGUGACUCCCUCCCUGUGGCCAUUAAACAGGUGGCCAAAGCGAAGAUUACUGCCUGGGAGAUGGUGGGCGGACGCAGGAUUCCCCGUGAAGUGGCGCUACUUUUACGAGUUUGCCAGGUGACUCACGUGGUUAAACUGCUGGAUUGGCUAGAGAGAGACGAUUCGUAUUUGCUUGUAUUUGAGAGGCCAGAGCCGUGCCAAGAUCUUUUUGACUAUAUUACAGAGAGGAAGGCCAUACCUGAGCAAGAGGCGCGGUUAUUGUUCAAGCAGGUCGUGGACAUUGUGAGGGAGUGCCACGGCGCGGGGGUCAUUCACAGAGACAUUAAGGACGAGAAUCUGCUGGUUACGCACGAUAGCAAGGGCAGGACAGUGCUGAAACUAAUAGAUUUUGGAUCAGGGGCCUUGCUGUCUGAUAAAAGCUAUACGGAUUUUGAUGGAACGAGAGUGUAUUCCCCGCCGGAGUGGAUCAGGCACAACCAGUAUGAGGGUGUCUCGGCUACAGUCUGGUCCCUGGGCAUCCUCCUCUACGAUAUGGUAUGCGGGGACAUCCCUUUUGAACACGACGAGCAGAUUUUGUCAGGUCGAGUUUCCUUCCGCGUAGAAGUUGGCGGGGCAGUGAAACAUCUCGUUAAGUGGUGUCUCAGGAUGCGGCCCUCCGAACGCCCCAGCCUUGACAGCAUCCUCCAGCACCCGUGGAUGCGAGGCGUGGGCGUGGCUGUUGGCGUGGGUGUCAGCGUGGGGGUGGGGGGCCAGGGGUGUGGUGGAGGGGGAGGGGGGGUGAGUGACAAGUGUUCCAGUACGUCCUCUCAAGGGUCUCUUUGAUGGCGGCCCACUCCCUAGACGGAUACCUACCACUCUCCCCUCACCAACACACUGGAGACCCACACUGGAGACCCACCCCGAAGAUCCCCCCACUGGAGACCCACCCUCGAGACCCACCCACUGGAGAC